CCAGAAAGAACCAAAAUCACACAGAGGAACGUGAACUCGCUGAGAAAAGGCGAUCAUAUUACUUGGCAUAGGACUUAUGGAAUCUGGCAUCAUGCGAUUGUGGUAAAAACAUUUGUUUCGGGGCUGAUUGAAGUUUGUCAUUUUGCUUCAGACAACACGAGAUGGAAAACUAAAGCGAUAAUCCAAAAAAAAGAAAUGGAUCCUCUAAAGGAAAAUGGUGAUCUCUACCGAAUCAAUUACAGCAGCAUUCCAGACGAAAAUUCUGCUGAAUUAGUGGUCGCGAGAACAAAAGUUCUUCAAUCAUUGUCUACAAUCGGCAAAUACUGCUAUAACUUUUUCAUAAACAACUGUGAAAAUUUUGCGACAUUUUGUAAAACAGGCUUCAGCAUCAGUUACCAGCUUGAGUGGUUGAAAAAAAAUGCGAAACAGGCCAUGGACCUUGGGAUUGACUUUGGAAAUAACCCAAGUGUUCUAAGGUGGUUGUACCCGUUGCGAUUUGUGCUGUAUGAAGGUAUCGAAGCAUUGACGGGCGCUGGAGAUGUCUUAGGUGCUGGUUUGCUGAUGCUAGGUGAAUGCUACAGUUGUUACAAAGACAUUGCUGAGAUAAACGCAAAGGAAGGAAUGUCAGAAAAAGAUCGCAUGUUUGAAAAAUUCAACCGUCGUUGUGUAUGUUCAGGAGGAAUGGUUCUGGGGGCAGUUGGUAGCUACGUUUUGGGGCAGUACAUGGGAUCAACAUUGGGUAGCCUGAUCGGUGGUCCUUUGGGACUUUUUGCAGGUAGAAUGAUUGGCGGCUGGGUUGGUGGUUUCAUUGGCAGUAAGCUGGGAAAAUUUGUAGAGAUGAACUGACAGCUUCGAUCAAAAGAUGUGAGAAACCAUACACGAUUUUCUUUUACGAAUACCAUGAAAACAACAGGGGCGUGUCCAGUAGUAAAACAAUGAUGCACACAACCUGUUUAAGGAACAGGUGCUCUGUGCGGGGAUUAAUUAAAUCACUGGAUUUCAAUGACUGUAUUUUUCAGAGUUUUUGAGAAAUAGUUUAUUAUAGUUAAAAGAAUCAUAUAUGUAAUUACG